CAGAGCACAUGCACAUAACUUGUCACGUCUGUCAGUCAGUCGUGUCUAAUCGAUGGACGAGCUCCAGACAGUGUUUGUGCUCAACUCUCUGCCUGCGGAAGGUGAGUUAGCUUUAUGGGGGCAGGACCCGGCAACCGCAACCCUUCCCAGUGAGGAGCAGCGGUGGGAGUGUGCAGCGCGGCUCUCAGAGGCGGACUGGAUCGCCGCAGGAAGAGUCGCUCCCAGUCGCUCGCUCCCGAGUUAGCCGGCUAACGUGCUAGCUAGCUAGCCAGCUAGCCCCCCCCCCCAAAAGAUGUCGACUCUCCGCGCCGUGCGAGCUGAACGGGACCCGCGGCGACGGGCGACGAGUGUGCCAUGAGACCGCGGCGCCGCGUUGUUGACGGUCCCGAGAGUCCCUUUGAGUUAUGCUCUCGCGAAAGAAAAGCAAAAACGAAGCGUCCAAACCGGCCGAGGUCCACGGGAAGUAUGUGAAGAAGGAGACGUCGCCGCUCCUCAGAAAUCUUAUGCCCUCAUUCAUCCGCCAUGGACCCACCAUUCCCAGACGCACGGAGGUCCCCCUGCCAGACAUGGGGCCCUCUGCCUACCCGCCUCCCAGCCGGGAGCCCGCGGUGUCCCGCAACAAGAGUUUCCUCCGCGCCCCCGUGCAGAGGCCCGCUCACGAGGUGGCCCGCCGCGAGAGCCACCGCAUGUCGGCGCCGCCGUACCUGCCGCGCAGUCUGGGCGACCUCCCCCACGAGUACGGCGGCUCCUCGCAGUCUUUCCUCACAGACGUGAGCCCCAUGUCGGAGAACGGAGACGCUGCCCGGUAUUAUUACCCCCCUGAACCUUACUAUGACAGCCAGCAGCAGCAGCAGCACCAACAACAACAACGACAGCAGCAGCAGCAGCAGCAGCAGCAGCAGCAGCAGCAGCCCAGGAGGGUUCCAGAUCGCUUUCCUGAGGACUAUAGAUACUAUGAGCACAAUGAACACAACUUCCAAAGAGUUCCCCGACAGCACACGCCCCCAGCUCCGAGCAGACCCCCCUCAGGCAUAGGUCGAAUCCAGGCCAAGUCCCUGGGGAACCUCUCCAGUCUGACGGGAGAGGACCUCCCACUUCCCGGUGGCUGGACCGUCGACUGGACCAUCCGCGGCAGGAAGUACUACAUCGACCACAACACCAACACUACACACUGGAGCCACCCUCUGGAGAGGGAGGGGCUCCCGCCGGGCUGGGAGAAGGUGGAGUCGGCCGAGUUUGGGGUCUACUACGUGGAUCACAUCAACAAGAGGGCACAGUAUCGCCACCCCUGUGCUCCGAGUGUGCCUCGCUACGAUCAACCCCCACCUCUACCACCUCCUGUGACCUAUCAGCCGCGUCCCGCAGAGAGGAACCAGCCGGUUCUGGUGCCAGCGAACCCGUACCACACAGCCGAGAUCCCAGACUGGCUGCAGGUCUACGCCCGUGCACCACUCAAGUACGACCACAUCCUGAAGUGGGAGUUGUUCCAGCUGGCAGACCUGGACACGUACCAGGGCAUGCUGAAGCUGCUCUUCAAGAAGGAGCUGGAGCACAUCGUGAAGUCCUACGAGGCGUACCGACAGGCGCUGCUGUCCGAGGUGGAGGCCCGCAAGCAGCGGCAGCAGUGGUACGCCCAGCAGCCCAACAAGAACUUCAUGGGGAACAUGUGAUGCCUGUGUGUGUGUGCGUGUGUGCGUGUGCAUGCACCCAGGGACGCCGCGCCACCACGCCUCUCUGUGGCCUCCACAGUUUGGGAGCGGUCAGGGUUUCCUUUGAAAUCGUGAUUGACUCUUAAUUGCCUCUUUUACCAAACACAUCUGUGCCUUCGCUUCAUCCAAAUAUAUCAGCCAGGCAAGUUUGGGGCCUCCCCCCCCCCCCCCCCCCCCCAUGGGACACUCAAUUUAUGAAUGACCAUGUGAUUGAAAAACAAAAACUCCAAUGAAGAAGAAGAAAAAAACAUCUGGGGAGACGUUUGCAGCCGCUGCCCCUGAGAACUGAGUUGCCGUACGGUUGUUUGAUUUUUAAGAAUCGAGGAGAACGGAGACUGAAAGACUCUGGAGUUUUUGUUCAGUACAACCUGGACCUUUUUUGUAAUAAAAAAAAAUGCAGCAUUCUUUUUUCCCGAUGCCUGCUCGUAUCACGUAUUCGCCGGCUGCUCCGUUGUUGUUUUUUUUUCCUGUGGGAUAAAAAAACGACAGGCAGCGUCUUCUAAUUUGUUCACAUAUGAAAUACUUCAUGACUAUUUUUCCCCCUUUUUGCUUUGUUAAAACUGAACCCACAGACUUUUACAUUAAACAAAAAAGUGUGCAUUCUUUCUCUUUUUAUGACAUACUGUAGACAAUCCACCAAAACCCCUUUAACAGAUAUUUAAGUCUUUUAUUUAAAGACCUUUUGAUGCAGUCGGUUUGAGCAUCUCUCGGCUCUUUGGCAUUACUGUACGUCAGGAAUAUAUUUGUGUUUGUGUGUAUGAUAAUAAUGAAACAUAAAUAAGCUACUGGAAAGUUUUUAAAAACACUCAUCUGAAGACACAAGUUAAGUUUGCCGAACAAGUGCAAUUCAAUUUCUUCUUGGUUUUCAUCAUGUCCUGGAUAUUUUCUUGCUUCGGUGAUGCCAUAAUUAUUUCAUGGAGUGCCUCAACUUUUUUUAUUAUUAUUACAUGGAAGUCCAGAUUCUCUGAAGCUUAUUCUACCGAUUAGCAAUAAAGUAAACAGUUUUUAAGAUAUUCAGAAAUGUCCUAUAAUCUAACUUUUCUAUAUUUGUGUUAAAAACAAAAGAUAAAUAGGUGAAGACAGUUUAUAGGACUUGUAUAUGAGAGCGACUUCAUGUCUAUACACUUCUGAAUUUCCUAAAAAAAAAAGUGUGUGUGUUUAGGUAACAGUAGAAUAGGUUUAUGAAGAACCCAGGACUUUCUCUUAAAAUCCUUCGCUAUGCAAGAAGGUCUCGAUCGCAUCUCGGUCUCAUCCGUUUGUACAUAUCUCGUGUUGUGCAUUGCAAAUACAGGACAUAAGCAAUAAAAAAAUCUGCAGUGAAGAAAACUA